UAAAUGAACGUGAGCAAGCUAUUAAUAUACUCCAUGAGGUGUAUGAAAAUUAUAAACCGGCUGAAGAAAAUCAAUCACUAUUACUACCUGCUACUAAAUCAACGUGUGAUCUUUUUUGCAAUCUUAUAAAUUGCAGUCAAGUUAACAAGAAUCAGUAUGAGAUCACAACCUACUUGUCCGAACCUGAAACUAAAGCUGAACCACUGCUAUGGUGGAAAGCAAAUCCCAAACAAUACCUAACUCUUUCUCAUGUCACAAUAGAUUUUCUCGCUGUACAAGCCACUAGCAUUGCUAGUGAGCAAGCUUUUUCUGUCACUAAGGAUAUUGCCAAGGCAUUCAAAGAUAUCGCCACAGAAGUAGCCCAAGAAGAUAGUUUUGGAAAUCAAUACCAGGACCAAGAAGUCAUUCCAGAACAACAACAG